GAAUUUGUUGGUUGCAUUCCCCUCUAUUUAAUUCACUCCUCCUUCCUUUUUAUCUGCUUCCUCCUCCCUUUCCCAUCUUUUCCCCCAUCUCUUCCAAGCCAAAAGACACAGAAACAAGAGAAGAGACAACAUGGGCAACGCAUUGGGUGCAAAGAAGAAGACUGCAAAGGUCAUGAAGAUAGACGGCACCACGUUCAAGGUGAAGCCCCCUGCGCGGGCCAUCAAUGUGCUCCGGGACCAUCGAGGCCAUGACCUCCUCGAGUCGGGAGAGGUCAGUCGCCUCGGCCUCCGGGCGAGGCCACUCGACCCGGACGCGCCGCUCAAGCCGGGGAAGCUCUACUUUCUCGUGGAGCUGCCCACCCGGCGAGCUCCGAGAAGGGCCUGGUCAGGGAAGCUCCAGGUGAGUGCCAAAGAGCGGCUAGAGAGCCUCAGGCUCACCCGCCGUUCCAUGUCGGAUCUCUCGCUCGCAGGUAGGUCCUUCGCCGCUGAUGUCGAGGAGGCCAAGGACGGGGCGGUCCGCCUCCGGAUGAGGCUACCCAAGGUGCAAGUGGAGAAGCUCAUGCAGGAGAGCCGGGACGCCGCCGAGGCCGCCCAGAAGAUCAUGCGGCUGUGUGUGGAGAAGGACGGUGCUGCUGCUGCUACGGCGAGGGUGCUGCAGCCGAUGAUACCCGCUGUUCAAACCGAUCGGCAAAAGGAGAGGCAAACGAGGUUCGCUGUCACUCCAGACGAGAUUAUUGCGUAUGUUUAGUAGGCCAGGAGAAGAGAGUGUUACUUGCGGGUCGAACAUGAGAAGCUGCUCAUGGCUUCCUAUUACCUGCCACAGUAGCUUCUGUUAUGUUCUUUCUUCUUGCCUGGACUCAAUCAUGUGAUGGAGAAGAUGGGUUCCCAUGUGAUGGAGUCAGGGCUUUGUUUCCGCCAGCAAAUGUGCUCUGUCAUGCACGUAUGGGGUUCCCUCUUUUCUGUUGUUCAUGAUCGUGAUCUCUCCUCUUCUUCCUUGGGGGCAAAGGAUAAAAGAAGCUUCAGAAAGGUAAGCAUCAGCUGAAACUUCAUGUUA